AAGCCCUUUUAAGUCCGGAAUUUGGAGUCCGCAACGCAAUUUUGUACACAAAACCGAAAAAGUCCCUCCCGACUCUCCUCAGUGUGUGUGUCGAAACGUUGAAACUUAAGAGAGAGAAAAUAAAGAGAGAGAAAACUCAGUUACGAGAGUGUAAACUCUGUGAGCUUUGAGCUGCAAAAAUCAUCAAAUUUUGCUCAUAAAUCUCUAGUUGAGUUUUAGCUAUGGGAGAAGGGGAGACAGUUUCUGAGGUGGUAGAGGCACCUGCUAAUGGAAAUGUGGCAGUGGAAGACAAGAGUGAAGCUGUUGCCAAGGACUUGCACGCGGAAAAGGAUGGAACGAAGGAAGUGAAAGAAGAAGAGAGUAAAGAGAGUGAUAAAGAUGUUGCUGAAAAGAUGGAUAUAGACAAAGAAGAGGCAAAAGAGACCAAAGGAGAAGAAGAGGUGAAAGAGAACAUUGAAAAAGAGGAAGUUGCAAAAGAAGACAAUGAAAAAGAGGAAGAGGCAAAAGAAAACAACGGAAAGGGGGAAGAGGUGAAAGAAACCAAUGAAACUAAAGAAGAAGAGAAACCUGACCAGGAAAUUGAAGUGGAUGAAGAGAAGCCACAAACCAAGAGUGAGGCAAUGGAAGAAGAGCCAGAUAAUAAGGAUGUGGAAGAGGAAAUGGCUGAAGAGCAGGAUAAUAAGGAUGAGGAAAUGGCUGAAGAGCCGGAUAAUAAGGAUGAUGAUGAAGAAAUGGCUGAAGAGCCAGAGAACAAGGAUGAGGAGGUUAGAGAGGAGGGUGAGAAAGAGGAUAACAAAACUAAUGAAAAGCAUAAAGAUAAAGAAGGGUCUAAGAAGAGUGUUAAAUCCAAGGGGCAGAAAGACAAUAAAAGGAAACGAGAAGUUGCACCAAAGAAGGAGAAGGAGCCAAAAACUCCUGCACCCCCAACAAUUGACCGCCCUGUACGUGAACGCAAAUCUGUUGAAAGGCUUGUUGCUUCUAUUGACAGAGAAGCCAACAAGGAAUUCCGUAUUGAAAAGGGUCGUGGAACUGCACUAAAAGAUAUCCCCAAUGUUGCAUACAAAUUAUCCAAAAAGAAGACGGAAGACACAUUCAAAUUGCUGCAUACUAUUCUCUAUGGGCGGCGUGGAAAGGCAGCCCAGAUCAAGAGCAAUAUUUCACGGUUUUCUGGCUUUGUCUGGCAUGAAAAUGAGGAAAAGCAAAAGAUGAAAGUAAAAGAAAAGUUUGACAAGUAUAUUAAAGAGAAGCUGUUGGAAUUCUGUGAUGUACUGGAUAUACCUGUUACCAAAGCUACUUCCAGAAAGGAAGACAUGGUGGUAAAGUUGAUGGACUUUCUGGAAGCUCCUCAUGCCACAACUACUGAGUUGCUUGCCGAGAAGGACCAGUCAAGCAGAGGAAAGAAGCGGAGAAGAGAGAGCAAAAAAAGUCCCUCAUCGGCAUCCGCUAGCUCGAAAGGAUCAACCAAGAGUGGAAAGAAGGCCGAAACUGCACAAAAGGCUGAAAAGAAGAAGAAAGUGCAAGAGUCAGAAGAUGAAUCUGAGCAAGAAGAAGAUGUCCAUGAGGAAUCUGAAGAGGAAAAGACUAAUGGUGUUCCUCAGAGAUCUGAUGAUGAGAAGUCAGAUCAGGCUGAAAGUGAGAAGGAGAGUGAAUCUGAAGAUGAGCCUGAGCCUGAGCCAGAGCAAGAGCCUGAGCCGGAGCCGGAGCCAGAGCCAGAGCCGGAGCCUAAGGAGGACAAGAAAAAGCAUAAGCAGAGUUCAAGUAAAUCUUCAACAAAGAAAGAACCUGCUGUGAAAGCUAAGACCAAGAAACCUGCAGUCUCUAAAGUACCAAGUCCUCCCAAAAAGACCCCUUCAAAAUCAUCAAAGAGCUCAAAGCAUAUUGCUAACGAUGAUGCAACUCCCAAAGCAUCUUCAAAGAAGAAAAAAACUGAAGUCGUUAAAGAAAAAUCUUCAACGCCAAAGAAGUCUACUCCCAGAGAAAAUACUGGGAAAAAGAUUGUAAAGGGAAAGGACAAGAGCAAGGAGGAUAAACUGAGACCAAGUGAUGAUGAACUUAGAAAUGCAAUUUGUGAAAUUCUGAAAGAAGUAGACUUCAAUACGGCUACCUUUACUGACAUUCUGAAGCAACUUGCCAAGCGGUUUGAUACCGAUCUCAUGCCCAGAAAAUCGUCUAUAAAGAUUAUGAUCCAGGAUGAGCUUACUAAACUAGCUGACGAGGAAGAUGAUGAGGAAGAUGAAGGUGAGGCCUUGAAGGAUGCUAAAAAGCCUUCUAGCAAAGGUGUGAAAGCCUGAAAAUAUGAGUAGAAUGUAAUCACAGGAAAUGUAGCCUACACUGUCCGUCUCAAUAACCGAUCUCUUCCUCAUGAAUUUGUGCCUCCAGGUGCUCAUUACGAGUUCAACCAGCUGUAAUCUAUUGUUAAUGUAUCGUUUUAUGAUUAUUACUUUGACUAGGAUAUCGUAGAAUUAUAAAUGCAAGAUUACUGCUUGUAUAAACACAUUUGUAGUUUUUGUUUCUGUCAACUUAUUUAGCUGCCCUGGAUCAUGGAUUACAAGUACAAAUACUGUAGUCAAAAUCAACAUCCAUUUGUGACCAUGUAUGGCUGUUUUCUUAUUUAUUUGUGGGCUGGAAUUUUCCAAGGCUAACUAGUGUUGGAACUUGGAACCA